AUGGCGAUGCCUCUAAGCACCUAUUUCAACUGGGAGGCCUCUGUGCAGCAAACCAUGAACAAUGAUGUCCCAGAAAUAAUGAGCAGUUACUUUAAUUCCUUCUUCCAGCAAGAAACACCACCGCCACCACUACCAUUAGUACCAGAUUAUUCAGAUCAUGAAAGCUUCUUCUUCCUUGAUGAUAAUAAUCCAAACAGUUUAUUGUUUGAUUAUUAUUACUCUUUCCCAGAGUUAACCUAUUCUCCUCCUCAAUAUCAAACACCAUCAUUACCACUCUGUGAUUAUAACAUGAACAUCUUCCCGAGUGAUGAUCAGAUUCAGACCUUUCAAUAUCCCCACCCUAAACGCCAGAAGUUAAGCUUUGAAGACAAUCAUUAUCAGUUACCGUAUCAUAGGGAUAAUUAUUUCUAUGACGGUUUUGAAGAUAAUAAUUACCCUUACUGUUGUUCGUUAAUGCCGGAGUUUAAUGAUAUUGGAGUCCCACCACCGCAGCUUCCGGCUCCGGCGAGUGAUUAUAGUGAGAAGAAAUGGUGUGGGGCUGGGGAGGCGGCGGCGAGGACGGUGUCGGCGCAGAGCGUGGCGGCGAGAGAAAGGAGGAAGAAGAAGAUAGCAGAGAAGACACAGGAGCUGGGGAAGAUGGUUCCAGGUGGGAGCAAGAUGAACACAGCUGAGAUGCUUCUUGCAGCUUCCAAGUAUGUUAAGUACCUGCAAGCCCAAGUUUCGAUGCUUCAGAUUAUGAACGCACAUAUGGAAGAUAAAGAAUCAGCUUGGAGUGAUAAUCAAGAUCAGCAAUUACAAGCAAUGCUUGGCAGUCCCAGUGUUGCAGAGAAGCUCUACUUGCAGGAAAAGUGCCUGGUCCCACAAAACUUGGUCACCACAUUGACAAAUCACACUGAUAUCCAAACAAGACCUUCCAUUCUCAAAGAACUUCAUCAGCUGAUCAUUGUCACAGACACUGAGAAGGAACAGCUCCAAUAA